AUGAACUUAAGCCAAGAUGGUGUGACUUUUGCAAGGCUAUUGGACAUUUCACUGAGCAAUGUAGAAGGGAAAAAUGAGAGGAUGAGAUGGAUGCCUGUUAAUAGAAAUGCUGGAGAGGAUGCACAAAAACCUGAAGUCAUUCAGGGUCCUUUGGGGGUAAAUGGAAAUGCUGGAAAUGAUAGGACUGAUAUUGUUGGUACUCCUGGGCAAGUUGAGCAACAAUCACAAAAUCAACAGGGAUCCAGUGGGGAUAAGAGAAAUGCUGGAAAAUCUGGAAGUGAUGUCUGGAAACAUGCACAAACAGUAACUCCUAAUUCAAGAGUUGUAGUUUCCUCCCUAACUAUUAAUGUAACAGGUUUUUCUACUGUUAACAAAGAUUUUAUCAGAAGAGGCAAAGAAAGAUCUAAUGCAAAUAUUGAGGGGACUUCUUAUUUUCAGAACAUUAGAGGACUGAAUAAGUCCUCCAAACAAAUGGUGGUUAAGCAGCUUGUGUGUGAUUACAAAUUAUCUUUUAUAGCUCUCUUGGAAACAAAAAUUGCUGGGGAUAAAAUGCAAAGAAUAGCUACUAAAAUGAUUAAGAACUGGGAUUGGAUCUCAAAAAGCCAACAAGCUGUCAAAGGGAGAAUUUGGAUUUUAUGGGAUAGUGAUAUUGUCACAGUCCAAUGCAUUACAUCCUCAGAGCAAUGCAUGACAUGUAAGAUAAAAUCAAAGGAUGAUAAAAUUUCAUGUCUAAUUUCUGUGGUAUAUGCUUUUAAUGAUAUGGAAGGCAUGAAAGUUCUAUGGGAUGAUAUAUUAUCCUUCAAGCAAAGUGUUAAUUGCCCCUGGAUUGUUGGUGGAGAUUUUAAUGCCAUUAUCAGUGCUGAGGAGAAAUUAGGGGGUGCUCUUGAUGCUAUCUCAAGAAUCUGGAGUAGGCUUGAUAGAAUUCUAGUCAAUGAAGAUUGGAUUCAAAAUUAUAACUCCAGUCAAGUGGAUUUCCUAGCUCCUAUUUGUUCUGAUCACUCUCCUGCACUCUUAAUAAUAGGAGAUGAGGUAGUUGAAGGGAAAAGACCUUUCAGAUUUUUUAAUAUGUGGGUAAAUCACCCUGAGUUCAUCCCAGUUGUCAGAAAUGCUUGGAGACAAAAUAUCAGAGGAUACUAUAUGUAUAAGCUUCAUGCCAAACUCAAGAAUCUAAAGCAGGAUUUGAAAGAAUUAAACAAGAAGCACUUCAUGAACAUAAGCGAGCAAGUGUCUAGAGCCAAUAGUGAACUUUCUGAUAUCCAGAAUCAUUUGAAUAAUGAUCUCUUCAAUCAGGACCUGAUAAGGAAAGAAAAGGAAUUCUUAGACAAAUAUACCAAGCUUUUGGACUGUGAAACUUCAUUUUACAGACAGAAAGCCAACAUCAAAUGGGGUCUUUAUGGGGACAAAUGUUCAAAAAAAAAUUUCUCCAUUAUGAAGGCUAAAAGGAACCAGAAUAGGGUGUUAUCACUUUAUGCUGAAAAUGGUGAUAGGAUUACUGAUUUUUAUGAUAUAAUUACAGAGUUCACUGGUUAUUAUGAAAACCUUCUUGGUAUUGCUACUCCUACUAUCACACAUGAUCCUGGGGUGAUAUCUAAUGGGCCUGUAUUAUCUCCAGCUCAAAGCAACAUGCUAUGCUCUCCAGUUACUAGAGCAGAAAUAAGACAAGCAGUUUUCUCUAUAUCAAAUGACAAAGCCCCUGGACCUGAUUGA